UAUACUCAAUACUCCACAUGUCGGCCUGGAAACCGGCUGCACCAGGUCUAUAUCCAAUGGGCCUGAAUGAAAUCCAGAUUCCAGGUGGCCCAAAGCAUUUCACAUCCACGAGACCGCUGUCUGUGUAUGUAUGGGAGGAGUGUCCCCUUCCCGCCGCGGCGCCCCCCUGUCGCCUCCUCCAGCUCCGACCGCCAGCGGCCGCAGAUGCAGAGCCCCAACGCCACCAUCCUCCAGCUCUACCACUCGGGCCGGCUCUCCGCCGCGCUCCGCGCCUUCGAGUCGCUCCCCUCCUCCACCGCCCCGGCCCCUCUCUCCGUCGCCGCCUACGCCGCGCUCGUCGCGGCCUGCUCCCGCCUCCGCUCCCUCCCGCACGGCCGCCUCGUCCACCGUCACAUCCUCGCCUCCUUCCUUGAAGGAGCCGGACUCGCCCGCAACACCGUCCUUAGCAACCACCUCAUCACCAUGUACGGCAGGUGCGCCGCCCCGGACUCCGCCCGCGCGGUGUUCGACGGGAUGCCCGACAGGAACCCCGUCUCCUGGGCCGCCGUCAUCGCGGCGCACGCGCAGAACGGCCGCUGCGCGGACGCGCUGGGCCUGUUCUCCUCCAUGCUGAGGACGGGGGCCGCGCCCGACCAGUUUGCGCUCGGCAGCGCGGUGCGCGCCUGCGCGGAGCUCGGGGACGUGGGACUCGGGAGGCAGAUGCAUGCACGGGCCAUAAAGUCGGAGGAUGGGAGGGACUUGAUCGUGCAGAACGCGCUUGUCACGAUGUACUCCAAGAGUGGCUCCGUUGGGGAUGGAUUCACGCUCUUUCAGAGGAUCAAGGACAAAGAUUUGGUUUCGUGGGGUUCAAUUAUCACGGGGCUUGCACAGCAAAAUUGUGAAAUGGAAGCACUACAAAGUUUCAGGGAGAUGAUUGCUGAGGGAGUGCAUCACCCCAAUGAAUUCCAUUUUGGAAGCGUCUUUAGGGCCUGCGCAGCUGUUGAUAGUUUGGAGUAUGGGGAGCAGAUUCACUGUUUAUCUGUCAAGUAUAGGUUGGACCGCAAUUCAUAUGCAGGUUGCUCGCUAAGUGACAUGUACGCUCGGUGCAAUAAUCUUGACUCAGCAAGGAAGGUGUUUUACAGGAUUGAAUCACCUGAUUUGGUUUCUUGGAAUUCCAUAAUAAAUGCUUACUCUGCUGAGGGGCUCCUUAGUGAGGCUACGGUCCUGUUCUCUGAGAUGAGAGAUUCUGGUCUUAGGCCUGAUGGUAUUACUGUUAGGGGUUUGCUAUGUGCGUGUGUCGGCUAUGAUGCUUUGUGUCAAGGUAGAGCCAUCCACUCCUACUUGGUCAAAUUAGGUUUGGACGGGGAUGUUACAGUAUGCAAUUCUUUACUCAGCAUGUAUUCUAGGUGUUUGGAUUUCCCCUCUGCAAUGGAUGUCUUUCAUGAGAUGAAUGAUCGUGAUGUUGUCACCUGGAACAGCAUUCUUACUGCUUGUGUACAGCACCAGCAUCUGGAAGAUGUAUUUAAGUUAUUCAGCCUCUUGCACAGAUCAGCGUCAAGUCUGGAUAGGAUCAGCUUAAACAAUGUUCUGAGUGCUUCUGCUGAGUUGGGUUACUUUGAAAUGGUGAAACAGGUUCAUGCAUAUGCCUUCAAGGUUGGACUGGUUGGUGAUACGAUGCUGAGUAAUGGUCUGAUUGACACUUACGCUAAAUGUGGAAGUUUGGAUGAUGCCAACAAACUCUUUGAAAUAAUGGGCACAGGCCGUGAUGUGUUCUCUUGGAGCAGCUUGAUUGUUGGUUAUGCCCAAUUUGGUUAUGCAAAGGAAGCACUUGAUUUAUUUGCCAGGAUGAGAAACCUAGGAAUCAAGCCAAAUCAUGUAACCUUUGUUGGAGUUCUCACAGCAUGCAGCCGUGUAGGACUUGUUGAUGAAGGUUGUUAUUACUACAGUAUUAUGGAGCCUGAAUAUGGCAUUGUCCCAACAAGAGAGCAUUGUUCAUGUGUCAUUGAUUUGCUGGCACGUGCUGGGAGACUAAGCGAGGCGGCAAAGUUUGUUGAUCAAAUGCCAUUCGAGCCUGAUGUUAUAAUGUGGAAGACUCUGCUAGCUGCUAGCAAAACACAUAAUGAUGUUGAGAUGGGGAAGAGGGCAUCAGAGGGCAUAUUAAAUAUUGAUCCUUCUCAUUCAGCAGCCUAUGUCCUGUUGUGCAACAUAUAUGCUUCUUCUGGCAAUUGGAAUGAGUUUGCAAGAUUGAAGAAGGCUAUGAGAAGCAGCGGUGUCCAGAAAUCACCUGGGAAGAGUUGGAUCAAACUCAAGGGCGAGCUAAAAGUCUUUAUUGUAGAGGACAGAUCACACCCAGAGGCUGAUGAAAUAUACACAAUGCUGGAGCUAGUUGGAAUGGAAAUGGUAAAAGCCGGUUAUAUUCCAGAACUUUCACGUCACUCAUGUAAAUAUGCCAGUUUUGAUCACAUUGACGAUUAUUUGUUGAGUGAAGAAAUGUUAGCUGAAUACGGUUGAGUUGGUAACAACAGUUAUUGCUAUCCAGAGGGUUUUCAUUUACCAUGUCAUAAGAGGUUCUUGUCAAUUGCCCAAGGAAAUCAAUAGAUAUUUACCAGAACUACAGCGCCAAACCUGGAGAAGGUACAUGGAUCUUACCUUUGUGCUGCAUUUUGAUGACUCAGUAUUGGGUGGUUGUGGAUUUUUUCCCCUUGGUGAAUGGAAAGAGAAGGUAUGGAUUGUGACCAGAAGAACCCUAUCUGUUUUCACUGCGUUGCUUCCAUCCCUUGUUUCGAGUUUGAACUAGUCUACAUGAGAUGAUGGGCAGGUUACAUCUGUUUGAAGAGCCACAUUCUUACCAAGUAGAUUUCAAGCUAGCAAACAAAACAUGCGAAGAAUCUGGGUUCUUACAGAAUGGUCAGAGACCUGUGUCUUUUAAUUUUUUAAUCUACUGCUGAGAAGCCCUGCUUUUUUAAGGGUUAUUCAAGGAUUGGGGCAAAAUCAGACCUGUGAAACUGGCAGAGCAUCAUUUGUUGACUUCUUCUUGCUUUCUCUCACUGAGAAGUAGGAGUACAGUGCCAUCCCAAAUAUGGCUACCAGAAUGCCCAAUAUGUUCCGUAGAGUGAAAGGAUCAUGUAAUAGAGUGUAACCAAAUGAUAGAACCAAGCAUGUCUUAAGGUGGCCAAGCACCUGGUAUGUCACCGGGGAUGUUGUUCCAAUCACGAGGAAUGUACUGAAGUUCACAGACACCGCAAUCAAGCAAGAUAGGACAAUGAAAGC